AUGGAAGAUAACACCGCCACAAUCAUACCCUCGCCCACCGACAUCGGGGCGCUGGCCAACAGGAUCAACUUCCACACUAGAGACGCCCACAACAAGAUCAACACGUUCAUGGGCAUCAAGAUGGCCAUCGCCAUGAGGCACGGCUUCAUAUACAGACAGGGCAUUCUCGCGUACUACUACGUGUUCGACGCCAUCGAGCAGGAGAUCGACCGUCUGCUGAAUGACGCUGUGUCCGAGAAGGAGCUGCAGGCGUCUGGUAUUCUGAAGCAGUUUUGGCUCGAGGACUUCAGACGGUCCACCCAGAUCUACAAGGACUUGAAGCUGCUGUACUCGAAUACGUUCAAGAGCACGGAGUCGCUGAACGAGUUCCUGGCCACGUUCGAGAAACCGCCGCUGCUGCAGCAGUUCGUCGACGACAUCCACGACAACAUACGCCGGGAGCCUUGCACCAUCCUCUCCUACUGCCACGUCCUCUACCUGGCGCUUUUCGCCGGCGGUAAGCUGAUAAGAUCGAACCUGUACAGGAGACUGGGGCUUUUCCCCAACUUCGAGAAGCUUACGCAGAAGGAAUUGGUCAAGAAGGGCACGAACUUCUUCACUUUCAGCGAACUGGGCCCCACGGAGGAGACGCGGUUGAAGUGGGAGUACAAGAAGAACUACGAGCUGGCUACCAGGACGGAGCUGACGGAGGCGCAGAAGCUGAAGAUCAUCAGCGUCGCGGAGGGCAUCUUCGACUGGAACUUCAACAUCGUCGCGGAGAUCGGAGAACUGAACCGCCGCGAGUUGAUGAGCAAGUUCAGCUUCAAGUGUGUCACCUACGUGUACGAGGAAUGGAUGUUCAGCAAGGGCUCUGCCUCCAGAAAGGCCUUCAGCACCACCAUGCUGCUGCUGCUCUCCAUCGCCGCGGUCUGGAUCCUGUACUACUUUGUAAGGAAGAGUUUUCUUAGCGUAGUAUAA